AUGGCGGCUAAGCCGAUGUCUCUGAUGCUCCGAGGAGGAGCAUACGAAGACGAUCUGCCAUUCUCGGAUGAAGGCUCAGGCUCGUCCGAGGGCAGCUAUGACGAGAGUCUGUACAACCUGACAGAAGCCUACUUGAAGGACCCGGAGGAGCAAGGGAACCUGACGCAUUUGUACGAUCUCUUGAUUCGGCCGCCCAUCAUGCCGCCGAUGAAGGACGGCAAGAUGCUCAGUGGGAUAGGCUUGCUGUUGAGCAGAGAUCCACCAUACAAGAUCCUGUCGAUCCAUCCCCAGGUGCAGCAAGCGCAUGCAGGUUUGAUCAACAUCGGCGACGAAGUCGUCGCGAUCAAUGGCGAGAGCCUCAAGGGCAAGUCAUGGGAGCAGGUUCGGUCCCUAGCACUAGGAGAAGAAGCAUCCGACGUCCUGCUGCAAUUACUUCCUGGGUCAGCGUUGAACGACCAAGAUGGCAAGAAGCAUCCCUCCGCUUCCUCAGUCUCCAUCGAGCUCAGCCGCUUCUCAGACUACGUGCCUCCCUGCUGCAAGCCGCUGCCUGACGAUCCAGGAGUGGGCAAGGGAGAGGAGGAGCAGAAGUUCCUUGAGAAGCAUCGGCAGCGAGUGGCCGAGGAGCUUGCGGGUGAACGUGCGAGGUCGUUGGAGGGUGUUCAAAAAUUGCUGAAGAUGUCGCAAGACGAGUUCCUGCAGACAGCCGCGAUGAUGCAGGAGGAGCACGAAGAAUUUGUGAGAAGACUGCGGGAGAAGAGGUUGGCAGAGCUGUCGGCAAGAUCCGAAGCAGAGGAAGAAGCAGAGCGAGCUAGAAUAGACGAGGAGAACCUUCUGGCAGAUCUGAGGAUGUCUGGGAUAGAUCCCAAGGAGUUCGAGGCAGCGCUCGAGAACUUCAACGAUGAACUCCUUCACAUGGGGAUUAACGCUUCUGCCAUCCCCGAUCGGGCGAGCAGGCAGAUCAUGGCGAAAUUCGCAGAGAAGAUGGAGAACUUCACACACGAGGAGGAAGGAUUGAGCCCCUUGGAGCAAGAGCGACUGAUGCAGGCCGUGCGCUCCAUCGAUCUGAAUGACACUCUGAGCCAGGAGGACAUGGAUAGGAUCUUCCCCAAGGGGAAGCCUGGACUACCUCCGAUGAUCCAGUUCGCUGAUCCCAACCUCCCGGAGUUCUUGCGUCGAUGUAAGACAUGGGGGAAUGGCGACCAGGAGACCGAGGCGGCCAUCGCCAAGUGUGAGGCUGGAUGGAAGGUGCUGCGUGAGUUUGACGAGUUCCUCGCGCGAGAGCCUUGGAAGCAGGGAGAGAUUGAGCAAACGCUGAGGGGCUCCAUGCCACACCUGCCGCAGAACCUCUGCCUUGACUACUACCUCCUCCGAGACUUGGCUAGAGCGCAGGAAGAGAUGAAGAUGAAGGGCCCUGACUGGGGAACCUCUCUUGUGCACGGCAUCGAUCCCAUCUACGACCGAUUGGAUUUCCGGCGGGUAGGCUUUGAGGAAGGCAAACAGCAGAUCACUUACGUCGGCGAUUGUGUUCCCGGCGGAUUCAGAAUCAAAGAGCAGGUGGUGCUAAGCUGA